GCUGGUCGCACCCCGGCUUUGCUGGUGUCCACGCUGGAUGGGUCGCCCUUGAGCUUCCGUGCGGUGCCGCCGGCCCAGACCCGGGCGCGGCUGGACAUGGCCACUUACUGCGACUACCCGGGCCCCUCUUCUGCCCCGCCCGGCCAGGCCCGGGUCGCCGCACACCCCCCGGGCUAUGCGCGUGGUGAUCUGGGCAUCGCGGGCGAGGGCCCGAGCCUGUGGGUGAACGCGCCCGCGCUCAGCCCCAAAUCCUGUGCUUCGGGCCCCGGGACCACGCCGCCCUACGCCGCCCCCGGCUACUGGGCUCCCGGCACGCUCCUCGGCCCCCCGGGCGGCCUGGCGGGAGCCGACCUCGCCUGGCUGAGCCUCUCCGGCCAGCAGGAGCUGCUGAGGCUGGUGCGGCCGCCCUACUCGUACUCGGCGCUCAUCGCCAUGGCCAUCCAGAGCGCGCCGCUGCGGAGGCUGACGCUCAGCCAGAUCUACCAGUACGUGGCCGGCAACUUCCCCUUCUACAAGCGCAGCAAGGCGGGCUGGCAGAACUCCAUCCGCCACAACCUGUCGCUCAACGACUGCUUCAAGAAGGUGCCCCGCAACGAGGACGACCCAGGUAAAGGCAAUUACUGGACCCUGGACCCCAACUGCGAGAAGAUGUUUGACAACGGGAACUUCCGAAGGAAGAGAAAGAGGAGAGCGGAAGCCAGCGCAGCCGCGUCCUCGGGAGCCGGGAGCCGGAGAGGGGCCGAGGCACCCUCGCUGGAGCCCCAGGGCGCGGCUUGCGGGGACCUGCAGGCCUCGCCCUCUCCGUCGACACCAGAAGCCGCCACCUGCUUCUCGGGUUUCGCCUCCGCUAUGAGCGCUCUGGCUGGCGGCCUUGGCACCUUCCCCGGGGGACUGGCAGGCGACUUUUCUUUCGGGAGGUCGCAGACAACGGUCGCCACCCACGAUCCCCAGGCCCUUGGCCCCUCGCCUGGCUUCGCCCCUGGCCACCAGACCGCGGCCGCUGCCUUCCGCGUCAGUCACCUCCUCUACAGCCGGGAAGGGACCGAAGUUUGAAGGGAGGCUGGGGACUAGUCCGGUGCGUGUCCAGAGGUGCUGCGCUCAGGCCUCCGGUUUUCCCUGUGACAGCCCCAGGUGUUGGUGCCAAAGGCCUCAGUGCCAUGGGAGGAAGUGCAGAGUCGGGGCGGCCCGGCCAGCAGGGAGCUGGGCUGAGCAGCACCUGGGCCUCAGGGUGGGUGGCCCGUCCGCUGUGCACCUUUCACCCAGGUGAGCUCCAGAGCCUCCCUACUCUUCCUCUAAGCCCAGCCCUCCUGGGUCUCUAGAGCCUGUGCUCUCUAGGGCUGUGCCUUGAAGGGACGAUGGGUUGGUGCUCAUCUCCACUGUUUCCCAAAGAGGCUGGCUGACCCCAAAGAGCCUGAGAGCAGGUGGGAGGAAGGUGGGCUGCAGGAGCUGUGGGGGCGAUUUCUACCUCCGCCCAGCCUGGCCCACCUGGCUCAGGGAGGCUGCUGCAGGGGUGAGGGACAGGACUCAGGAGCAGCCGCGGGUGGGGCCAGGUGGGCCAGGACUCUGCCGGGAGGGGGUCUGAGACUGUUGGGUCCUCUGUAAGGAAGAACUUGCUAAUGGUUGGAACUGCCGGUGGCGGGAGGGAGAAGCGCUGUGUGGGGCAGAGAGUGCCCUUGGGGAUACCAGCUCCCUUCCCUGAUACUCAGCUCUGGUCAUUGAUGGCCCUGCUCUAGGACAAGGCACCUCCCCAGGACCCUGCCAUCCCUGACUACGGGAACGAUGCCCAACACCCUGGAGUCCCCCAAGGGUCGGGGUUUUUGCCACCCCACCCACACUCACACUCACA